GCCAGGGGCCACUUUGGAACAUUUUUUUCUUUUUAUUCAACCUCCACUUCUUUCCAGGUAUGGAGAACGCAAGAGGCAAGGAGUGGAACGCCACAGAGAAGUCCAGGGAGGAAUGUGGACAUUCUGAAUCUAAACAAGAGCAGGCAGAAACUGGAGGCGAUCAGCAGGUUGCCAAUCAACAGAGCACAGUGGUACCGGGAACCUCAGUAAAGAAGGGGACCAAACGGAAAAGGUCUGCCAAGCAUAACGAAGAGUCCUGCCCAAAGAAGGCGGCAGAAUGCAAUGAAGAGCCCAAACCCCGGAAGAAGAUACCAAUUCCUCCCUUACCUGCCACACUGCCCCCGGUGAAUCUGCUUCACCGGGACAUUGUACGGGCCUGGUGCCAGCAAUUAAAGCUGAGCAGCAAAGGCCAGAAAUUGGAGGUAUAUAGACGGUUAUGUGAAUAUGCAUAUCCAAAUCAAAAGGAUAUUCCUUCCACAGCCAAGGAGGCCAAGAUCCGGGUAUCAUCCAAAAGAAAAUCAAAUGUAGAGAAGAAGGAAAUGUCCCUGAAAAGUUCAGGGCAAAGGCUGUGUUGUGAAGGGACUGAUCUUCCUGCAGUAUGUCCUCCCCCUGAGGAGGGGUUGCCUGCCCUAGAGUCUGCCUCUCUCCUUGAGGGAGUUAAUACAGUUGUGGUGACAACUUCUGCCCCGGAGGCUUUGUUGGCUUCCUGGGCGAGAACUGCAGCCAGGGCUGGGUCAUCCGUGGAGGCAGUGGAAUCUCCACAGGAGAACUGUGAUGUCAGGUGGUGUGUGGUCCAUGGGAAAAGUCUCCCUGCAGACACAGAUGGUUGGGUUCGCCUCCAGUUUCAUGCUGGACAGGCCUGGGUUCCAGAAAAGACGGGAGACAGAGUGAGUGCACUCUUCCUGCUUCCUUCCUGCAACUUCCCACCCCCGCAUCUUGAGGACAAUAUGUUGUGUCCCACAUGCGUUCAAAGGAACAAGGUGUUAAUAAAAAGCCUUCAGUGGGAAUAGAAUACCAUGAAAAAG